AUCCCCAUACCUACCACGAAACAGAGACUUUGCUCUGAAGUAACUGAUAAACAAGUGUGAAGCAUGAGGAUCAACUCUGCUGUUCAGGCUGCUAUUGACCUCACAGCAGGAGCCGCAGGUGGGACAGCAUGUGUGGUGACUGGCCAGCCCUUUGACACUGCAAAGGUGAAGAUGCAGACGUUCCCCAGCAUGUACAAAGGACUUGUUGACUGUUUUGUGAAAACCUAUAAGCAAGUGGGGUUUCGAGGCUUCUACAAGGGAACCACACCAGCACUUUUAGCCAACAUCGCUGAGAACUCCGUUCUGUUCAUGUGCUAUGGAUUUUGCCAACAAAUCGUGAGAAGAAUUGUUGGAGUAGACAGGAAGACAAAGCUCAGUGAUCUGCAGAAUGCUGCUGCAGGCUCCUUUGCCUCUGCCUUUGCCACCCUUGUCCUCUGUCCCACAGAGCUGGUGAAGUGCCGGCUGCAGGCCAUGCAUGAAAUGCAGUUGUCAGGAAAGAUAAUCCAGGGACACAAUACAGUUUGGUCAGUGGUGAAGGGUGUUAUUCAAAAGGAUGGUCCCCUUGGAUUUUACCGUGGCUGGUCAAGCACUUUGCUGAGGGAAAUCCCAGGCUAUUUCUUCUUCUUUGGAGGGUAUGAACUGAGCCGGACAUUCUUUGCCUCUGGGAGAUCAAAAGAUGAAUUAGGUCCCAUUCCUUUGCUACUAAGUGGAGGUUUUGGAGGCAGCUGUCUGUGGAUUGCUGUGUAUCCUGUGGAUUGUGUCAAAUCUAGAAUUCAGGUUCUUUCGAUGGCUGGAAAACAGGCAGGCUUCAUGGGAACAUUUGUAACUGUUGUGAGAACUGAAGGUGUACUUGCCUUGUAUUCUGGACUAACACCAACCAUGAUCCGUGCAUUUGUGGCCAAUGGGGCACUGUUCCUUGCCUACGAGUACAGCCGGAAACUUAUGAUGAAACAAAUAGAUUCUUACUGA